CCUCAUCCUCCCCCACUCCCUCGCUGGCUUCCGCCGUCCGCCGUCCGCCGUCCCGGCGUCCUCUCGCCCCGGGCGCCCGCUCGCGCAGCACCGGCCCCGCCGCUCGGCGGAUCGCACGACAUGGCGCCGUCGCCGGUCGUGGCGGAGGGCGAAGCGGCGCUGCGCGUCGAGGUUUCCCCCAAGAACGCUGCUUUCGGGGAGGGGAGCACGGUGCGGCUCCCGGUGAGGCUCCGCGUCAUGCACCCCCACGUGGCGGAGUUCCUACGGAGCCCGCGCCGCCUCGCGCGGCAAGCGAAGAAGCCGGCGCCGGGGCAGGAGGCGGUGGCCGAGCGCCCGCGGUACGGGUGCGCGUUCGAGGACGAUGAGGACGGGGCGCGCGGGGCCGGCAUCGCGGCGCCCGGCCGCCUGGUGUGGGGCAAGGUGCGGCAGCACCCAUGGUGGCCCGGCCAGGUGUUCGACGCGGCGGACGCGUCGGCGCUCGCGCUGGCGCACCGCAGGCCGCGCCGCGCCGUCCUCGUCGCCUACUUCUGGGACAAGACCUUCGCGUGGAACGAGAAGGCCACGCUCCGCCCGUUCCGCGCCGGGUUCGCGCGCCUCUCCUCCCAGAAAGGGAUGAUCCCGUUCGCCGCCGCCGUGGACACCGCGCUGGAUGAGGUUGCGCGCCGUGUGGAGGCCGGCCUCUCGUGCUGCUGCGGCGCCGGGGGCGGCAAGGACGAGGACGCCGCUAACAGGCAGGUGAUCGACAACGCUGGCGUCCGUGAGGGCGCGUACGGGGCGGCGGUGGACGCGGCCUUCGCGCGGGGCGCGCUCAGCGGCGAGGCGUUCGUCGGGUACAUCUCCGCGCUGGCCACCGCGCCGCUGGCCGGGGCCGACAGGGUCGACCUCACCAUCGCCACGGCGCAGCUCAAGGCGUUCGACCGUUGGAGGGGCUCGACGAGGGGCCUCCCCGAGUACUCGGUCGUCCACGGCAUCGAUGGUGCUGCCCCUGGGAGAGCUAAGAGGGGAAGAUCGCCAACGGGAGGAGGCUAUGGUGGUGGUUCUGGCAAACGGAGGAUGUCAAGGAGCAGCGCCAAAGGUAAUGCAGCCCGUGAUGGUGGAGACUAUGAAGCCCUGGAAUUGGAGGAUUUCCCACAGCCCACGCCUCACCAGAUGUCUACAAAGAUUGGGAAGCUCAGGAACCGUGCGGCGCAGCAGAUGUCGCUCUCACCGAUGAUCCUCAGGGUCAGGGCCAAUGGUAAUGCUCCGCCUCCGGCAAUGCCAAACAUGGCAAGGUGUGCAAGAGUUGCAGAUGAGCUUCCUCCAAUGAACAAUGGUGACCCCUCUGAUGGUGCAUUGCUGGUGAGUGAUAGGCGGCCUGCUGCAGAAAUGGAGCAUCACGCGCAGGUUGGGCUAGUGCUGAACUUCAGCAGUGCAAGCGCUGUGCCUUCGACAAGUCACCUGAUCAUGAUCUUCAGCCGGUUCGGGCCUGUCGAGGAAGUCAGGGCAGAGAACUCGACUGCUCUGGUGAUCUUCAAGAAGGGUGAGUAUGCUGAUGAGGCGUUCUCAGACACCGCCAAGAUCAGAUCCAUCAGCGCGUCCCUCAUCAGCUUUCGCCUCACCUAUUCGCUUCCAGCUGCACCAUUUGAUCCUGUACAAAGCAUGUUGCUGGAUCCCCCGCCUGUUGAAGCUCUUCAGUAGCUAUUUACUCAGUUGAUGGAUGCGAGGAGUCGAAGAGGCCGUGAAGAGGUUGCUCAUUCAUCCAUACAUCAAGGUUUUUUGGAGUUGCUAG